AUGGCGUUUCUGGGAGAAUUAUUGCGUGUGACGAGGAGCAUCGGCAGCCGGAAGAUGAUGGAGGGGAAGAGCCAUGACGGGUCGGGGUCGUGGCGGCAGGCACCGGCUCCUGUGAGGCAGCUGUUCUGGAGGGUGAGGCGCGCCAUGCUGCGGCCGAAGCGCCAAGCCGUGAGCUUCGGGUACGACCUCAAGAGCUACUCCCACAACUUCGAUGACGGCAUCGUCCCCGCCCACCGCCUCUAGCUAGCGACACCUGCAGGGUUCUCUUCUUCUUCUUCUUCUUCUUCUUCUUCU